AUGAUCCAUGCAGAACCGAAGCCGCCUGAGUCUAUGCGAAGGCGUGAGCAGCGGGCGAGUUUGCCUCAGCGCACGACGGUUAGCGACUUCGAGGAUGAGUUGUGGGAUAGAUGGACGGGUUGGGCCCAGAUAAUAGCGAAUGGCGGACACUCGAACCGCCAACGGAAAUGGACGAAAGUAUCGCACGUCAAGAUGGCCUUCAAACCGCUCCGGUUCGAUCUUCACCUCACGCGUAAGGUGCUUAGCAAACGGGCAAGGGAGGCUGCUCCGGCAGAAAUUGCGGUGUACUACAACAAGCUAUUUCCGUUUUACGCUGGACCAGAACAGAUCGUCUUCCUGGACGAGACAGCAAAAGCCGGUCGUGACUGUAUGCGUCG